CUUGCAGUUUCCAGAGACAAAUAUUUAUCACGAACCCAAAAAUGACUCAUUUUAGUGAAAACAAUGGAUAAAUUUCAAUCAUACACACUAUUUCUUUUAGUUUGACAUGAUUUUACGAUAAUUUUUAACAGUGGUUGGCAUUGACCGAGACAAAUGUCAAAGUUUUUCAGAUUUCUUUCUCGUCGUAGAACGGGUAGAGGAGUUAAAACAACUGAAAUUGGACACCCAAAGAAGAAAAAUGUUGUGCCCUGUAUCGUCAUGCUUCUGGAUGGGACUGACUUUAGUAUUGAUCUACCAAAAAGAUCUUUAGGUAGUGCCUUACUAGAACAAGUUUUAUAUCACUUAGAUAUCAUAGAGAAAGAUUACUUUGGUUUACAGUAUACAGAUCAUCAUAAUGUUAAUCAUUGGUUAGAUAUUACAAAGCCUAUAAAAAAACAAGUUAAAAUUGGACCACCUUACACAUUUAGAUGUAAAAUAAAGUUUUAUUCAUCAGAGCCUAACAACUUACAUGAAGAAUUAACCAGAUACCAGUUUUUUCUACAGUUAAAACAGGAUAUCCUGACAGGAAAGUUACCCUGUCCUGAUGAUCUUCAAAUUGAACUGGCUGCUUAUGCAUUACAAUCUGAACUUGGAGACUAUGAUCCUGAAGUACACACCCCAGGAUUUAUAUCAGAAUUCCAUUUGGUUCCCAACCAAACAGAAGAAAUGGAGGUAGCCAUAUAUGAAAAAUAUCAAACUUGCAAAGGCCAGAAUCCUGCUCAGGCUGAACUGAAUUAUCUGAACAAAGCCAAAUGGUUAGAGAUGUAUGGUGUUGACAUGCACAUUGUUAUGGGCAGAGAUGGUAUGGAAUAUAGAUUAGGGUUGACACCAACAGGGGUGUUAGUAUUUGAAGGCUCACAGAAAAUUGGUCUUUUCUUCUGGCCUAAAAUGACCAAGUUAGAUUUCAAAGGGAAGAAACUGACAUUAAUUGUUGUGGAAGAUGAUGAUGAGGGCCAUGAGCAAGAACAUAUAUUUUUGUUUAGACUGCAGAAUGAGAAGGCCUGUAAACAUUUAUGGAAGUGUGCUGUAGAACAUCAUGCUUUCUUCAGGUUAAAGGGUCCAGUCAAAGGUCAAAAUGCUAGACAGAACUUCUUCAGAAUGGGCUCAAGAUUUAGAUACAGUGGAAGAACAGAAUUCCAGGCUGCCUCUGUGAGUAGAGCAAGGAGGAGUGUGAGAUUUGAAAGGAAACCUAGUCAAAGAUACUCCAGAAGGCAGUCAUUUGAAAGGAGAGAAAAGGAAGAAAAAAUGAGGAGGGAUUCUGAACGAAAAAAGAAGAGAGAGGAUAGAAAGCUCGCUGUGGAAGUCAAUGUACCUGUGAUGCCAGUGGCUCCAUUGCCUGCUUCCCCAACUGUCAAGACUCCACCCACAUCUCCAAGGACAAAACAAGCUGCACCCAAACCUAGCUCACCUGUUACCAAUGGUAAAGCUCCUUCUAUAGCUCCUAUAGAAGGAGCUAGUGCUGUCGACAGGCUAGACACGCUAGUGAAGGGAGAUGGAAAUGCAGCAUCUGGUGUAACACAGGAUAGCUCAGAGAUGUCACUUAAAGAUGCCUCUGAGAUGGCUCAAGCCAGAAUAAAAGGAUUAGUAGAUAAUCGUACAAACAUUCCAGCAAGGAAGAAUGAUGUGAAUAUCAGUAAAAAUAACCAGGUCAAAUAUCCAGGGGGAGCUGUUUCCAUUCCUGCUGACCAAAUGAAGUGCAAUAUUCUAAAGGCUGCUAAAAUGGAGGAGGAACGCAAAGGUUUACUCCUCGAAGAAACUGAAUCAGAAGAUGAAGAACACAGUGAUAAUGUGGAUGGAGAAAGUAUAAAAUCUGACAGUGAUCAAGAACAUGACCAAGAGGUCAAACAGACAACAGUUCAUCUGAAUGACCUUAAACUUAAAACAACCAAUGAAAAUAGAGAAAAUGAGAGAAUUAUGCAGAAUACUGUUAUUAAAAGACCUCCAGUCCCUAAAAGAUCAUCACAGUCAUCAGAAAUAAGAAGUUCACAUAAUAACACAAGAAAUUCACAAAGUGAUACCAGAAAUUCUCAUAGUGAUUCUAGAAAUUCUCAUAGUAGUGACAUUAACAUGAGGGCAUCUACUAGUGGGGACACAGAAAGAAGGAUUUCUCAUGGAAGUGUAACAGGCAAAAGGAUCUCACAAAGUGAAGGAAAUUCUUACAGUAGUUCACUGCCAAGAGGUUCUACUGUUACACACAAUGGCAUUGAACAAAAUAGGAGGAGAAAUCUGAGUUCAUCUACAGCUCACAAUGAAGUGUUCCUAACAACAGCAACAUCAACACCUUUUGGGACCACUGAUGAAGCUUUCACAAGCACUUCAACCACCAAGCAUACAUCUGAGUCCGGGAAAAGCUUGCAGAGACCUUCCAGCCCAGCUGUACAGAUCACCACUCCUGAUUCUCCUAAACCCCCUCCAAGACCACCUCCCCCGAAUCGUGCCAGCACUCUUCCAAAACGAAAUUCUAGCAAAGAAGGGGAGAUAAUUAUAGAUUUUUCAAAUAAAACUGAUGAAGAAGCUGCCAAGUCAUCUGGAAAGCCUAAACCUGCACCCAGAACAAAAUUACCAAACAACCCAUCUAAUGAAAAAGAAGGGGCACCUGUUCUUCCUCCAAAGCCUAAAAAUCCAUUCCAUGAUGAUGUGGACCAAAAUGAAACAGAAAAAUCUUUGGUAAAUUCUUUUGAUAAAUCUGGGGCUAUUGAAACUGAAAUAACUUCUGACCCUGUAAAAGAGGAAGAUAAAACUGCUGAAGCAUCUUUUGAUCAAAAAGUGACCCCUUCAUCACCUAAGGCUGGGAAAGGUCAAUCUCCUUCGGUGACCAAAAAGGCAGAGAAAGGAAACCCUCCCAAAGUUGCUAUUGAGUCUUCAUUCACUGGUUCAAGGCCUUCAUCCCGCAAUCCUUCAACUUCUAGUUCCAAAAGUUUACCUUCUAGAACAACAUUUACACCCAAUGUGGUCAAACACAAAUCAGAAUCUUCCCAUGGUACCAGUAUAAAUGGAAAUGAUUUAUCACCAUGGCAUGUGACGCCACAAGAACCUAAAACUAUUGAAAGAAAAGUUACAUUGACAACAGAAUUGUGAAAUAUUGACAUUGUUAUUUUUGUUUACUACUGUAUAUGUUAAUGGUUGUGUUUAAUAUCAGAUUUGUUUCUUUGUCAAAUCUAGGGCCUUCUUUUACUUAAUGUCCGAAGUCCUCUAUGGGAAAGGAUAUUCUACAGCUUAUAUUCACUUUAGGGAUCGUUGAUCUAAUACUCCAGAGAAUCAUUUAAAGGUAAGGUUGAACUAAGGCUAUGCUCAGAUGAGGGCCUAGGCUGACAGUACGGUCAAGGGAUAUAGUCAGUAUAGCCUUUGAUGAGCCAAAGUCUAUAUUUUAAAAGAUUGUAGGGGAAAUUUAUUUUAAGUUUUAAUAAUAUUUAUUGCUUGAAGCUAAAAGUAGAUUGUUUACUGAUGAUAUUCUGGUAGAAUACGACUUUUUUUAUUACUGGUUCAUUGUUACGUUUAUUUUACUACAGCAUAUCACAUCUUUUUUAAACAUAUCAAGUUCAAUUCAUCGUUUUUAUUGCUUAUGCAAACUAAGUGCUUUAUUUUAAAAGUUUUAUUUUAUUUUGAUAAAUUUAAUGAGGUUGUUAAAACUUUUGAUGAUGAAAUUGUGUGACUUUUAAUGUGCAAUGAUUUGAUUUCUUAUCCAGUAUUUUAGUACUUUUCUGUAUUUUUAUAUUUAAGGUAUGUGUAGGAUUCAGGUGACAUAGGUACAACUUGUUUAGCUUUUGUUGUUGUAUCGAACAAAUGUUUUUAGAACAAAAUGACACAAUUUAAUGGUUUAUGUGUGCACCUUCUUUGUGAGGAAAAUCAAAAUUACCUGUUACUCAAGGAUAAAAUAUUUAUGUCUGGUUUUAUAAUUGAAUAAUAUUCAGAGUGCCUACCUCACUGACUCAGAUCCAGUUAGUAGAUGUCUAAAAAAUUGGCACAUUUUUAUACGACUGCAAACAAAUUUUGUGGUCAUAUAUUGGUAUGACGUUGGCGUCGUCGUCGUUGUCCUAAGACACAUUGGUUUUCGCACUCUAACUUUAAAUUACCAUAAAGUUCAAUACCACAAAAAGAAGGUUGGGAUUGAUUUUGGGGGUUAUGGUACCAACAGUUAAGGAAAAAGGGGCCAAAAAUAAGCAUUUUUGUAACUUCCAGACAUAACUUGUUUGUUAGUGUAUGGAUCUCUCUGAUAUUGUACCACAAGGUUCCAUAUCACAAAGGGAAUGCUGGGAUUGAUUUUGGGGGUAAUUGCCUCAAAAUUUUAGGAAUUAGGGGGCAAAAAAGGGGCAAAAAACAAGCAUUUUUCUAGUUUCAUGACAAUAACUUGUGUGUAAGUGUAUGGAUCUUUCUGAAAUUGUACUACAAGGUUCUAUAUCACAAAGGGAAAGCUGGAAUUGAGUUUGGGGGUAAUUGCCCAAAACGUUUAGGAAUAAGGGGCCAAAAAGGGGCCAAAAAUAAGCAUUUUUCUAGUUUCAGGAUAAUAACUUGUGUGUAAGUGUAUGGAUCUUUAUGAAAUUGUACUACAAGGUUCCAUAUCACAAAGGGAAAGCUGGAAUUGAGUUUGGGGGUAAUUGCCCAAAACGUUUAGGAAUAAGGGGCCAAAAAGGGGCCAAAAAUAAGCAUUUUUCUAGAUUCCAGACAAUAACUUGUAUUCAAGUGUAUGGAUCUCUCUGAAAUUGUACUGAAAGGUACCAUACCACAAAGGGAAGGCUGGGAUUGAUUUUGGGGGUAAUUGCCUCAAAAUUUUAGGAAUUGGGGGCCAAAAAGGGGCAAAAAACAAGCAUUUUUCUAGUUUCAGGACAAUAACUGGUGUGUAAGUGUAUGGAUCUUUAUGAAAGGCUGGGAUUGAGUUUGGGGUUGAUGAAUCAUAAGGGGGUUCAAAAAAUUUGGGGGAGGGAUUUUUUUUUCCUUUUUUCCCUUUUUUUUUCUUUAAAAUUUUCCAUUUUAAAUUGGUUAUUUCUGAUUUAUAUAUAAAAGCAAAUAAUAAUGAUAUGGUUUGAAUAGGUAAAUUAAAAUUUUUUAAGUUCUUGGACCACAUUCAUUCUGUGUCAGAAACCUAUGCUGUGUCAAAUAUUUAAUCACAAUCCAAAUUCAGUGCUGUAUUAAGCUUGAAUGUUGUGUCCAUACUUGCCCCAACUGUUCAGGGUUCGACCUCUGCGGUCGUAUAAAGCUGCGCCCAGCGGAGCAUUUUAUUUAAUAUGAUGUUAUGAUUGGUAUAAGUAAGUUCCGAUAAAGGAAACCAUUAAGUUACUGUAUUUUGUUUUUAUAAUAAGUAAAAAGACAUAUCAAGAUCAUUAUCCAGGAGAACAUUUGGUCUGGCAUUAUUCAAAUAUUUAUUUGAAAUAUGUGCUAUAAAGAAGUGUUAUAAAAAUAUGAAAAGCAGUGGUGGAUUUAGGGCCCCCUUUUCAAAAAGUCCUUAAUCCACCUCUGAAAAUGACAUCUAUACUUGUGCCUAUUGCAGAAAAUAUAUAUUUUCAUAUCAGCCAUGUGCUGUUAGCUGUAGUAUCAUUUAAUCACCUUGAAAAGGAAGUCCAUGUGAAAAUCAUUGUAAAUUACAUCACUCAUUUAAGGUUUAGAAUAUUAUCAUCAUAUCAUAUAUAUAUGUUUAGGACAUACUUAAGGUACAAGCUUGUAUUGAUUUACAUUUUAUCUUCAUUAUUGCAUUAUACAUGUAGUAUUUAUGCACAUAUCUCGUCAUUGUCUGAUAUAAAUGUUUCUAUUAACAAGCAAUUAUAUCAGCUAGGCAGUUUGCACAUUCUAGUUUUGAUAAAAAAAAAAAUGGAUGCUGUAUUUGUAUCUUUCUAACUUUACUCUUGAAUACAUUGAUAGGCCUAUCAGAUUUAUUUUAAUAGAAAAUUUGUUUCAAUGAUUUCAAAAUUCUUUAAACGAAGGACCAAUCUAUAGGGACCUCACAAAAAAUGUUUUAAAAAGCCUAGUCAUUGUCAGCUACGCAUCAAAUUAAAACAUUUUUAUUCUAGUCCAAGACAAAUAAUCAGAAUUAUUUAAUGUGUUGUAAAUAAUCUAGUAGAUACUAGCACAGUGCUUUGUAUAUUUUGGAUGCAUGCAAAAAUUUUAUUUUUAUUUUCUAAAUUAAGGUAAUUUUCGUAAAAUAAAAUUUUAAAUUGUCUUUUUACCCUCUUGAGCAUGUCAUAUAUUGAAAUCAACAGGUAAUGGGCAUUUUAAGUUCCAAAUUAAUGAAAAUUCAGUGUGCACAAUAUGCAGGUUUUUGUUGUUGUGAUUAUUGAUUUGAAAAAUCACUUCAAGAUGUACCAGUAGCAUAAAGCUCAUUAUUUUAACUAAACAUUUUGGAAAAUAUUCAUUGUGAAUUCAUGAAAAAUGAGGAUAUACAUGUACCAUUGGUUUAUGAAUAUAUUGAAAAGUAGCAGCUUUUGUGAAUUAAAAAGUAUUCUUUAAAGAUUUUUUUUUAUGAAACAAUGUCCUUAUAAGUUUUUGAUGGUUAACCUUAUAAAGUACUUGUAGAUAUAAAUAAGAAUUAUGUGCAGUAUUUAGAUUAAGCUGUCAUUGAUCUGAAAUCUCUCAGCAUGCUUACAAUACGCUAAAGUCAUGAUUCAUCAGUAUACAGUUACAAUAAGCUGUCUGAUCACUUCUGCACAGUUAAAACAUAACAAUUGUGGUAUGUUAUUAUUCCUUUUUUCAUCAAAGGGUACAAAAUAUUCCAUAUUUUUCAUUGAAUAGGUAACUUUUUUAGGGGCUUUUUUUUACAUAAAUUCAUUAUACAUGUACUAGUCUGAAGUGAUAGUUACCCACAUUCCUGUUUUAAACAUUGUUUAUUUAAUAAUGAGAUGACUUUAAUGGCAAAAUCACAAGUUACUUAAGCCACUUUAGUUUUCGAGAGACAAAUGAAUUUUGGGCUUAAGAAAAUCAGAAUAUGAGGUCAGCUGUUCAUUAGGUUGAAGUUCUUUUCCUGAUAGAGGGUUAAAGAACAGUUCUGUGAUGUUGCUAUUUAUUAAGACUUAUUUAAAGGUUGUGAAUUAUUUCUAGCCAUUCCAAGCAUUUUAUAGACCCUUGAGAUUGACAUAAGAAUAUAGAAUUAUUAGACAAUAUAUAUAUUUUUUUUUUUUAAUUUAAAUUUAGAAAAAAAAAACAUGAACUGCACACAAAGUUGAACAUUUCACUCAAAACAAAGUAUGGUGUCCAAGUUUUUUAUUGCAAUGAUUCCGUCUUAUUGAUGUUUACCCAAAUUUGAUUUUACUUUAAAAAAACUUACAAUGAAUAAGGGCUUUUCAUUAAAAUAUGGAACUGUAAUUCUGUUAUCUAACUGUGUCAUUCUCAAGUCAGUUGUCUUGUAUUUAAAAACAUGGGUAAAUUAUAUAUUGUUUUAACUUAUUCCAUCCUCUAAAUCGGUGUAGACUUUUUAUAUUAUUAUAAAUAUCAUGUGCCUUGUUGGUUGUGUUUACAAUUUUCUAUAAAAUGAUAGUUUAUUUGAACAUUUUAACUCUAAAUUACAAUCUUUUUUUUUAAUAUGAUAGAGAAUAAUAUUACCAAUGAAAAGAACUGUUUUACAUUAUUCACCCAAGUUGUUUCAGAAGAAAAGCAAUUACUCCAGUUUGCAGGCAUUUUUUUUAAUUUUUUAUAUUCAGAAGUUAUUAAUUUGAAUCUCGGAUGACUUAACAAAGUGUGACAUGAAUUUUACUUACUUAAAUUUUUUUUUUUAUCUGAUUAUUAAUUUUUAAUCGAAAACAAGUCCUUUAACUUUAUUUCUUUUAAUUAAUUUUGAAUUAAUAUUUUGAUUAUAAUGGAUUUUCUACGGGAGAAUUGAUGUGAGGUUUUUUUUUGUAUUUCACAUAUCAGAGACCGCCUCAUAUCAAGUUUGAAGCAUAUCUUGUUUUUUAUCUUUUGGGGAUAUUUGUAUUCUUGAACCUUCACUAAUUAUUGAAAAUCCAUAUUAUAUUUGGGUUGUGGUACGUAACUACGGUACUUUUAUGGAAAUUUAAAAGUUUGUGUGAUGCUGUAGGUUACAAAAUUAUCUUCAUAUUUUAAUGAUAUAAAUGGCAUGGUAUUGUCAUUAAAUAUAUAAUAAAUGUAUUCAGUUUCACUAUAUAGAGAAGAAUGGGCGGGUCUUAAAAGUGAACAAUUUAUCAGAAAUCAGUUGAGACUUGGAUGAAGGAACUACUCACAAGUCUGCUAACUUAAAUUUAAAUUUGUUAAAAGGAAAGUUACAUAGAAAUAACUUAAGAUUGUUAGGCGUCAAACUUUCUGUCAACCUAAAAUGUUUUAAAUGGUCAGAAUUCUGAAAUAUUUACUAUAACAAUUUAUUCUAUGUAUCUAUAUAUAUAUUUAUAUUUUACAUUACACUGUAAGCAUUCAUCUGAUCUUCAACAAUACAUUCUAUUAUAUUUCUAAUUGAUUAUUUUAUGUGAUAAACUUGCCACUAUUUUUCUGUCCAACUCUGUAUAAAGCUUGUUAUGUUUGUGCUGUAAUGAGCUUGUUUUCAUGUCAUUCAAAUAAAUCAUAAAUUAUGA